CAAUAUUAUCUCUUGAAACUCUCUCUUAAAAUUUUCUGCUUCCUUGUCCUUUAUAGUUUCUUCUAUUCUUCUUCUGUUUCAGGUAUUGUUGAGAAAGUUACACACACUCCUCUAAGUGAAACAGUACCAUUUUAAACAAUUCAACCAAAAUCAGUUUUUCACCAUAUAUACAUAUAUAUAUAUAUAUAUAUAUAUUUCGAUGAUCUAUCAAUUUCCAUGUACUGGAUUGGGCUGACAAAAAGGGCAGCUGUAGAGGUUUAGGAUAGGAGUGAGUGAGGACCUUCUCUCGAUUCUCUCAAAGUCAGAGAGAGAGUCAGUCAAAAUAUGUGUGGUCUUCAACCUCCAACUUCUUAAAAGCUCCAAGACUCAAACUUUGGUGGUCUUCCGUUAAUGAAUGAUAAAAUUCCGAGGGAAUACCAGUCAGUCAGCCAAUCGGGAUUUGCUAAAGAGUAGCUCUUACCAGGGAAGGCAGGCAGGGAUAAUGUGGAAAAGCAGUAGUUCAGGACCAGAUUUACGAGGGCAGGUAAAAAGGCAGAUGACUGAAGGAAGCCGCGGUUUGAGCAUUUUUAAUGGUCUGAAAACCUUACCAAUGUCCCCAGAAACACUAAUGGCAGAGAUUAAUAAUGCCAUUUCUAAUCUUGAGUAUGCCCGUGCAACUGCUUUCCUUGAUUCUUUAUCUGAUUCCCUCUUAGACAAUAAUAAGAGCUCUGAUGGAGCAUACAAGGCAGAUUAAUGUGCAAGCAUUGGCUGCGGCAAUUAGCCAAAGCUUGAUUGAGUAUGUUCACCUCCUUUUUUAACAUUUCUUGACUACCUGAUAAGACCUCUACUCUGCUCUUGCUGCUGAUCAGCUGCACUGUCUCCUCUCCAGAAAUUUACCAACUCAAUCUAUGGCUCCAUUUCUACUUCUAGACUGCAAUCUUUCUGUGAUUCAUUAAGGGUAGCUUGGGGGUUUGCACAGAAAAUGUCUCUGAGCUGAGCUGAACUGAUUAUAUUGAUCCAAUUGAUUGGUGAUACUGCUUGCUUAUCAAUAAAUGGUAAAAAACGAGUGCCAUCCAUUACAAAAUCGUGCUUUUUCUUUGCCAUGACUCUUGUAAUCUUGGUUUUUUUCGUAGAAAGUUAGAAAACGGAAACUUACAAGGAAUUGGAGAAGUUUGUAUUUUAGGAUGCACCCAAAGUACAAUAAUUGUUACUUGUAAGGAUGCUUCGUUAUGUUAUCUCGAAAUAUUGACCACUUGUUUAUA